AUUCCAUUGAAUAUUUGACAGCUGGACUAAAAUUGUGUUGCGGAUGUUUCUAAUUUAAGAUAUCGACACGUCCAUUUUCAGAUAUCUUCAAUUCAUUUCUGACUAAGCGAAAUGACGUUGUCGAUAUCUCAAACUGGAUUUAACUCAGUUAUAUGAUAUCUCGGUUGCAGAUAUCCCUCAUUCGCUCGCAGAUAUCUGCAAGUGAAUUGUGAAUAAAUGUAGCGAGAAACCCCGUACACGUGAACGGCAAAAGUAGGUGACGUCAUUUGUCGGCGGCGAUAUGACUCUCGCUCCAAUUCCGCUUUGAACGGGUCAAACAGAAGUACAGCUAUCGCUUGCUGUCGUUUCGACGAGUCACAGCUGCAGACAUCGUGAAUGAAAUUUCGAACUAUCCAAAAUGUCAUUUCCGCGACAGUAAUCCCGCGCUAUAUCGCGGUUCACGUUUCGCUAUGUCACAGAUUUGUGAAUACAGUUGUUCAUCUAGUUUCUUUUUUUGUAAAUUGUGCAAAGGUUUUGUGCCAUCCAUUGCUCUUACUGUCUCUCGCAAUAUAUUAUGUGUUAAAAUGUGUUUUUAUUGUUUUACACGUGUGUAUAAAAGACCUUCCCAAAUGAAAGUGAUGUAAAUACUUGUAUCGGCCCACGCUCGGAGUUCAGGCAUUAUACCAUUUUAAAAUGCUAAUUCCGGAUUUUCCAAUUUGGCUUUCAAAUGUUCAAUCCGCUUGCUAUAUUUAUUCAACGUGAGUUUAUAAUAUAUAAUCCAACAGUUUUUAGUUUGCCAAGUGGGUGCGGGAGGGCCGAGUGUGAAUGACGUCACUUACUGUCACCGCCCCAAUGGGUGUGCCUCUAUCACGUGACGGAAAGACGGAAGCUCACGGUGGUUGAAGUUUUUGACGUCUUUUCUUUUCAACUAAACUUUUUUUUUGUGUUUCUUUUAGAGGAGAAGCACAGCGACACCGGAGAUGGCCGACCAGCUGCAGAGGCUCGUGGCGGAGAAGAAGGAUAUGGUGGAGACGGUGAUGGAGGCCUUCGAGCAGGGCGCCGAGGUGGUAGCCAGCAUCGUGGGCGACAUCUUCCCGGUCUUCUCCAUUGCCGCGCCCAUCGUCAAGCUGGCGCUGGACAAUGUGGAGAGCAAGGAGGCGGCCUUCAUGAAGGAGCAGUUCCAGAAGGUGCGCGACCGCCUGGAGGCAGUCUCCGACCAGAUGCGGCGCAUCCACGAUGAGAUCAAGAAGAGCGGCAUGGACGCCACCUACUUCUCAGUGGAGGAGAACAUUACCAACCAGUUCCGGAAGUACAUGGACAUCCUCAACGCCAAGGCCAAGUUCCGGGAAGUCAAGAAGAAGCUCUUCCUGGAGCAUUUCGACAAGACUGGCGGCGACAAGAACCUGCAGGUGCUCUACAAUGCCGUAACCGGCGACAACUUCUCGGGCGAGUCGGUGCUAGAGAUCAUCCUCAACUACGAGGAAAAAAGCCGCCGGCCCAUGGAGGAUUUCUGUGCCCGGCUGAAGAAGCUCUUCUGCUUGGGACUCAUCGCCCUGCUGGGCCACGCCGCCCUGAAAGGCUACGACGAGGAGGACGCUCUCCUGAAGGAGUGGGGUGAGAAGAUGACGGUGGUGCAGGACAAGAUGAACGCCGUGAUCCGGGACUGCGUGGUCAGCUUCCCCAAGCAGGCCGAGCUGGACGCCAGGCGGCUGGCGAGGGACAACCCGGGCUGGACCAACCAGCAGAUGGCCGACGCCCUCGUCGCCAAGCUGAAGAAGAAGUACGACUGGGUGGGCUGGUCGGUGCGCAUCUUCAAAUCGCCCACGGGCCUCUUCGCCCCCAAGAACUACCACUGCUCCACGGGGAGGAGCCGCUUCCAGGUGUCCGCGUCGGAUGACAAACUCAACGUGAUGGUGUCCUACAGCGCCUCGCCCGAGCCAGUGGACGGCGCCCGCGUGCGCCAGCUGAUCCAGAGCCACAAGAAACCGGGCGCGGUGGCCGUGGCCGAGAUGCUGUUCGAGAAGAUGCCCGGCGAAUGCGCCAUCCACGCCGUGAAGACCAGCAAGGACCUGGCCUGCGCCUGGAGCUUCGCCGGCGGGCUUCACUACUGGGAGGAGCACAAGAACUUGUACGUGUGCCUUCACUCGGCGUAACGGCUCGGUCGCAUCGAGACGCAACGCCUUCACGCUGCCAGCGACGCUCCUCACCUUUUGCGCCUUAACACAGCGCUCGCGUCUCGAUUGGGCCCCCGAAGGCAGUUUCACUUGGCAACGGGAAAAUUGGUAGGGACGUCUAUCAUGAGUACAACCAGAAAAAAAAUCGUGCCAUGCCUGAAAACGCACAGGAAGUCAGUCCUUUGGUUUAGAAGCGGACUUUUGUAGGCUCAAUUUGUCCAUUUCCUUCCAAUUUCGAAUGUAUCCAAGAGUUUAGUUUUUUUUUUUAGGAUUUAGGCCAUUUUAGCAUCUAACUCUGAUAAGAACAACUUAUUGAAAAUUCAGCCCCCAAACCCAGUUUAAGUCAGCAACAUGGAAUUUGGUAGGAACGUCUGUCAUGAGUAGACCCACAAAAAAGUCUCAAGGAGCCAUGGCAAAUAACGCACAGGAAGUCAGCCAUUUUGGUAUGAAGCAGGCAUUUUAGGCUUGUUUCGCCUUGUUUGUCUUUCUGACUUCAGAGACUUUCUCAUGCUGGGAAUUGUGUCUAAUUGCUCUCAAGUUGGACGUACAGUACGUGCACGAGACAGAUGGGCGAUGCGCAAUUCUGAAAUUUUUAGUUUUUGGUCUUGCGUGAAGCUUAAGCCUGGCAGAGAAGUUUGAUGACUUGCCAAAUCUCAUUUUGCCCUGUUCUGCUGUCAGUAGCAUGUAGCUAGCACAAAAAUGAAAUUAUAUUGUUAUAUAAUUGCUUAUCGUGAACUGCUACGCCUUUUUCGCAUUAUUCCGUAUUUUAUGAAUUUAUGUGCUGUUGUUAACCACUAUGACCAAACGUGUGUUGCACAAGACAUUACUGAAGCAGUUUAUCAUCUGAACAUUUUCCUCAUAUUUACCAAACAUUGUCUUAAAUGCAUCUAUUUAGCGUAUUUCAUUACCGUGUGUUUCACGGUAGAUGUUAUUCCAAUGGAAUUCUCAGAAUAAACAAAAAAAAAAUAUAUAUAUUUUUUCCCCCCUUUCUUCUAUGUGAUUAAUGAAACCAUUGCAGCGGCUGUGCUG